ACUUCUAUUUAUUUCCGGUCGGGAGAUGGAAAAGCUCUACGGAGUACCAUUUUUGUUUUUGCAAUGCCCUAAUCUUAAACUCAAAAAACCAACAUGGCUGAGGAGACCGUCACCUAUGACAGUUUUUGGGUUUGUCCUUUUUUCGUACUUUUUAGUAACUGGAGGCAUCAUUUAUGACAUCAUAGUUGAGCCACCUAGCAUCGGUUCUACAACUGACGAAAAAGGAAAUAGUAAACCAGUUGCAUUCAUGCCAUAUAGGGUGAAUGGUCAAUACAUAAUGGAAGGAUUAGCUUCUAGUUUCCUCUUCAGUUUGGGUGGGCUAGGAUUUAUUAUUUUAGAUCAAACAAACAAACCACUCAUGCCAAAGCUGAAUAGAAUAUUACUUCUAUCAGUUGCAUUCGUAUCUAUUCUUAUUUCAUUCUUUACUGCCAGAGUCUUCAUGAGAAUGAAAUUACCCAUGGAACCGAUUAACGAAAAUAAGACUAUGAAAGAUGUUAUAAAGCAGGAAUUCAUCGACUAUCUCAAAAAUACUUCUAUCAAAGGAGUCUCUAGGAUUUUUAAAUCAGAAACAAAACUGCUGAAAAUAAUUUGGAUAUUUGCAGUCCUUUCCUUUAUAUGCGUUGGUUUGGCAUACGCUGUUGCCCUAACUGUGGAAUAUUUUAAGUAUCCUACAGUAACAUUAAUGAAGGAGAUAGAUUCAAAAGAUGUAAUCUUUCCAUCCGUAACAAUUUGUAAUUUACAACCAUACUCGGAAAAUAAAUUAAAUCAUAUACGAAACGUAGUAAAGCAACCUAUUCCAAAUAUGGGUCAAUUUUUUCAGAUACUUUAUCAGGUACUUGCAAAUACACCAGCCCAACUUAAGAGCAUGCUAGAAUCUCUGUUAUCUGCGAAAGGGUACUAUAUGUAUCUUGGACAAAAAUUAGCAACAUCUAUUGGUUAUGAUGCUUCAGAUAUUAUUUUGGAAUUUCAAUUGAGUAAAUCAAGUCCUCUUUCUAAAUCCGUUGUUGGUUUAAAUAUGGUUUUACAUAUACCAAAUUACGAUACAGCUUCCUAUCCUUAUACUCCUUAUGUUAGUACAACACUGGGGAAAUCAGGAAGAAUUCAGAUACAUGAAGAUGAGUCCUAUAGUAAUGUAGAAGCGUAUGGUUUAUCAUUUUUGACUGGAGAGGAGACUUCAAUACGAGUAGGCACUCUUAUUAGGACUAGGUUGGAGCCACCCUACGGAAAAUGCAAUUCCAAGUAUCCAGCAAAGUAUAACGUCAGCGACUAUAAUAAAUAUCCAGUAAAGAAGACAUUUCCAGCGUGUGUUGGUGCCUGCCUACAACAUGAGAUAUUUAACAAAUGUAAUUGUACUGAUCCAAAUUUUCCAGUUCCUAAAAUAUCGCUAAUUGAUCAAAAAUAUUGUCAAACUUUACCGAACGAUAUUAGUCAAGUAGGCAAGUUUAUUAAUGAGUCAAUUUGCAGAAAUACCGUGUACUUUAAAACUGUUAACGAUUGCGUAAGUAGCAUUUGCGAUCAAACAUGCAGUUUUCAAUCGUAUAAUCUUCAAGUUUCAACUUCAAAAUGGCCAAAUGAUAAAUUGGACGCUUAUGAGAAAUAUUUGCACAAGACAAAUUUUAAAUCUUUCUAUCAACUUUACGAAAAUGCCAUCAAUAUUAAAAGAAAAAACGCAACAGAAGCGAACUCUCUUAUUCAAUUUGACAAUUUGUUAGGAAAUAAUAUAGCAAGAUUAAAAAUAAGGUCUGAAAGAGAUAGUGGAGUGAUGCAUGUCGAAGAUGUUCCAAAAUUUAUAUUUACAGACAUUUUCUCACAAAUUGGUGGUGUGUUGAAUUUAUGGGCUGGGAUAACUGCUCUAUGCGUUACUGAAAUUUUAGAGUUACUCUUUAAUCUUAUUACUGUGUGUAAACAAAGAUAA